UCAGCCCAGUCCGGGGCAUAUGCAGCGCUCAGCAGUUGCAGCCGUCAGUCACCCCGGAGAGGAGAUGAAGAGCGGAGGAGCUGCGCUGUGCUGCCUGCUGCUGGCUGGCCUGUGUGCAGGAGGCGAGGACGGGCGGCCCCUGUUGAGCACGCGCUACGGCAAACUGCGCGGAAAAACGGUGACGGCCAAAGCCGCGGACAGGACGGUGCACGCCUUCUACGGGGUCCCCUUCGCCAAGCCUCCGGUGGGGCCCCUACGCUUUGCAGCUUCAGGAGCCCCGGAAAACUGGAAUGGGGUGAGAGAGGCCACCGAACACCCUCCCAUGUGUGUGCAGGACCCGGCCAUUAUGAAAAAUCUCAUAGACGUGUUCAAAGCCAAAUUUGUGAUCCCGCCCACAUCCGAGGACUGUCUCUACCUCAAUGUCUUCACCCCGGGCGACCGCGGACAGGACGCCAAACUACCCGUCAUGGUGUUCAUUCACGGAGGCGCAUUAGUUAUGGGAGCAGCCAUGAUGUUUGAGGGUUCCGCCCUGAGCGCCCACGAAAAUGUCGUCGUUGUUUCCAUCCAGUACCGGCUGGGGAUUCUGGGCUUCUUCAGCUCCGGGGACAGCCAAGCUGCGGGGAACUACGGAUUCCUGGAUCAGGUGGAGGCGCUGCGCUGGGUGAAGGAGAACAUUGCGGAUUUCGGGGGGGACCCCGACUCCGUCACCAUAUUCGGGGAGUCCGCUGGUGGGGUCAGCGUCUCCGCAUUGGUCCUGUCCCCACUAGCCAAGGGCUUGUUCCACCGAGCCAUCGCCGAGAGCGGGGUGGCCAUUAUGCCGGGGCUGAUCGCCAGGUCUGUCGGGGAGACCAGCUUUGUGCGGAAUGUAAGUCUCUGUGCUGAAGGCAAAUACAGAAUGAUUCCUAAUG